GGUCCGUGCGUCACUCCGGUGGUCACUCCUCCUCUGCACCUUUCACCGGGAGCCGCGAAGGGCAUCGGGGGAACCGGCCUCACGGAGCACCGCAGCCCGCAUUCUCCAGCACGAGGAAGAGGACCACGCUCACUUCCUGUUGGAUACUUCCCGUUGGACGUGUCACUUCCUGUGGACUAACCCGGACUCUGCGGGUCUGCGGACCGGACCAGGACUUAGACCAGGACUAUGCAUCGCCUCAGGACUUGUGCGGCACGUUUGCGGCCGCUCACGGCGACGCAAACCGCUCAGACUGCCGGCCCCAAGCGGCCAAUCACAGCCCAGUAUCCGGGCGGAGCAAGGACGUUUCAGCCAAUCAGGUGCUACUCUGCUCCUGUGGCGUCAGAGCCUUUUCUGAACGGAACCAGUUCAAAUUAUGUCGAGGAAAUGUACUUCGCCUGGCUGGAGAACCCAAAGAGUGUACACAAGUCAUGGGACGUGUUUUUCCGUAACGCGAACGCCGGAGCGCCCCCUGGUGCCGCGUACCAGUCUCCUCUGGGUCUGAGCCCGGCCAUGAUCUCUCCUCUCGGCGCCGCUGUCUCUGCUCAGCCCAACGUGGAGAAGCUGGUGGAGGAUCAUUUGGCGGUGCAGUCGCUCAUCAGGGCCUAUCAGAUCCGCGGGCACCAUGUGGCUCAGCUGGACCCGUUGGGCAUCAUGGACGCCGAUCUCGACUCUUGUGUUCCCACUGACAUUAUCACGUCCUCCGACAAGCUGGACGUGUCAGUGUUCAACGAGAGGAUCAGAGUUCUGACUGUGGGAGGUAGGGACUCUGCUGCUGCUGCUGCUGCUGAGGCCAAAUAUGAGUCAGGAUUCUACGGUCUGGACGAGUCGGACCUGGACAAGGUUUUCCGUCUGCCCACGACCACGUUCAUCGGAGGAGCUGAGAGCGCGCUGCCUCUGAAGGAGAUCAUCCGCCGACUCGAGAUGGCGUACUGUCAGCACAUCGGUGUAGAGUUCAUGUUCAUCAAUGACCUGGAGCAGUGUCAGUGGAUCAGGCAGAAGUUUGAGACUCCAGGAGUGAUGCAGUUCACUCUGGAGGAGAAGAGGACGCUGCUCGCUCGCAUGGUCCGCUCCACCAGGUUUGAGGAGUUCCUGCAGAAGAAGUGGUCUGCAGAGAAGCGCUUUGGUCUGGAGGGCUGUGAGUCUCUGAUCCCAGCUCUGAAAACCAUCAUUGACAAAUCCUCAGAGAAUGGAGUGGAGAACGUCAUCAUGGGCAUGCCCCACAGGGGGCGCCUCAACGUGCUCGCCAACGUCAUCCGCAAAGAGCUCGAGCAGAUCUUCUGUCAGUUUGACUCAAAGCUGGAAGCGGCUGACGAGGGCUCUGGGGAUGUGAAGUACCACUUGGGCAUGUACCAUCGUCGUAUAAACCGUGUCACCGACAGAAACAUCACUCUGUCUCUGGUGGCGAACCCGUCUCACCUGGAGGCCGUGGAUCCUGUGGUCCAGGGGAAGACCAAAGCCGAGCAGUUUUACUGUGGAGACAACGACGGCAAGAGGGUGAUGUCCAUCCUGCUUCAUGGAGACGCUGCGUUCGCUGGUCAGGGAAUCGUCUACGAGACGUUUCACCUGUCAGACCUGCCGUCUUACUCCACCCACGGCACCGUGCACGUGGUCGUCAACAACCAGAUCGGCUUCACCACAGAUCCCCGUAUGGCUCGCUCCUCCCCCUAUCCCACAGAUGUGGCUCGUGUGGUGAACGCUCCGAUCUUUCAUGUAAACGCAGACGACCCUGAGGCGGUGAUGUACGUGUGUAACGUGGCUGCAGAGUGGAGAGCCACUUUCCACAAGGACGUGGUGGUUGAUCUGGUCUGCUAUCGUCGUAUGGGUCACAACGAGAUGGACGAGCCCAUGUUCACUCAGCCCCUCAUGUACAAACAGAUCAAGAAACAGAAGCCCGUGCUGCAGAAGUACGCCGAGAAACUGAUCGCAGAGGGAGCCGUCACCAGACAGGAGUACGAGGAGGAGAUUGCGAAGUACGAUAAGAUCUGUGAGGAGGCGUACGCUCGCUCCAAAGACGAGAAGAUCCUGCACAUCAAGCACUGGCUGGACUCACCUUGGCCUGGUUUUUUCACUCUGGAUGGACAGCCCAAGUCCAUGAGCUGCCCCUCCACUGGUCUGACUGAAGAAAACCUCAACCACAUUGGAAGUGUGGCCUCCUCUGUGCCCGUGGAGGACUUCACCAUACACGGAGGUCUGAGCAGGAUCCUGAAGGGUCGGGGGGAGAUGAUCCGUAACAGGACGGUGGACUGGGCUCUGGGCGAGUACAUGGCCUUUGGGUCUCUGCUGAAGGAGGGAAUCCACGUGAGGCUGUCCGGGCAGGACGUGGAGAGAGGCACCUUCAGCCACCGUCACCACGUGCUCCAUGAUCAGAACGUGGACAAACGCACCUGUAUCCCCAUGAACCACAUGAGUCCAGACCAGGCGCCGUACACCGUCUGCAACAGCUCUUUGUCAGAGUACGGAGUCCUCGGUUUCGAGCUGGGUUUUGCGAUGGCGAGCCCAAACGCUCUGAUCCUGUGGGAGGCUCAGUUCGGAGACUUCCAUAACACAGCUCAGUGCAUCAUCGACCAGUUCAUCUGCCCGGGUCAGGCCAAGUGGGUCAGACAGAACGGCAUCGUGCUCCUGUUGCCCCACGGACUCGAGGGCAUGGGUCCAGAACACUCCUCCGCCCGGCCAGAGAGGUUCCUCCAGAUGUGCAACGAUGACCCCGACGUGCACCCGCCGAUCACAGAGGACUUUGCCGUUCAACAGUUGUACGACUGUAACUGGAUCGUGGUGAACUGUUCGUCGCCAGGAAAUUACUUCCACGUUCUGAGACGCCAGAUCCUUCUGCCCUUCAGGAAACCAUUGAUCGUCUUCACUCCAAAAUCACUUCUGCGCCACCCAGAGGCCAGAUCCAGCUUCGACGAGAUGCUCCCAGGGACUCAUUUCCAGAGGCUGAUUCCUGACACAGGCCCGGCCGCUCAGAACCCACAGGCUGUGAAGAGAGUCUUGUUCUGCACCGGAAAAGUCUUCUACGAGCUCAACAAAGAGAGGAAGAACCGCGGCCUGGAGGAGCAGGUCGCCAUCGCCAGGGUGGAGCAGUUGUCUCCGUUCCCGUUCGACCAGGUGAAGGCCGAGGUGGAGAGGUUCCCAAACGCAGAUCUGGUCUGGUGUCAGGAGGAGCACAAGAACCAGGGCUACUACGACUACGUGAAACCCAGGAUCCGCACCACUAUCCAGAGAAACAAACCAGUGUGGUACGCCGGGCGAGGACCAGCGGCCGCUCCAGCCACGGGAAACAAAAACACUCACCUGAUGGAACUCAGGCGCUUCCUCGACGCCGCCUUCGACCUGGACACGCUCAGGAUGGAGUAGGGUCACAGAGGGGUCACAGAGAGGUCACAUAAGGGUCAGGAGGGCGGGGCUACGCGGGGAAAAACACGGCUCUGUUACACAAAACGAAGCAGGAAACUGACCUGAGAAUGCAACACGGAUUCAUAGUUUUAUCUUUAUCGUUCGAAAAUAUCAUGAAAAUAAAAUGUUUUGAAUUCUUUGGGAAAUUAUAGCUUCAGUUUAAAGUAAAAAAAACACAAGACACCUGGACCUGGACGUUUAAAGUCAAAGGAUUUAUCGACAAAACUGGAACAAAAACUUAAAUGUGUUAAACCAUUUUGUGAAAUUUAGAAGUUUAAACAUAAACAUAAAACAGAAUUGCAAUUUCAUUUACGAUCCGGUCCUAGACUGUGUGAAGAAGUGGACGGAGGGAGAGCGACGUCGCAGCGUUCGACUCCAGUCAAAUGAAGCUCAUUGAGGCUGAAGGGGCAGAUUUAGAGCAGAGUUUUAUAUUUGGAAAUCGCCCGCGCUCGCUUCUGUUUGGAACGCGGCGACUCGCAGUUCAGUUUUACGUCCGUUUGUGUCAACAGUCUGUGGAUACGGGUUAAAAUUGCUGCUUUAAACAUUUUGGAACUUCUUAAAAUGUAGAAAUAUUGGUUUAAAAUGAGUCAGAAUAUGAGUUGACGUUUUUAGGAUUAAGUUUUAGUCCCAUUUUAUUGAGAAAAAUGUGGGAAAAUAUUAAAAUUUCUACAUCAUUUUGUCCAAAAAACAUGAAUGAAACUGCUUUUUUUUUUCUCUUUCAUUUCCAGGUCAGAGGUCGUAUCCGCUGUACAAACCCGACCUCUGAUUUGCGCUUUUGCCUUUUGCAGGUGUAGAUUAAACAUGUGGUAUUUACUCAAACGCUUUUUUUUUUUUUUUGGGCACAUUCUCAACGUGAGCACAGAGACGGGACGAGCGCGCGACAACUGCACGGCUUCACUUUUAAAAUUUAGACUUUGAGAAAUUAUUUUAGACGUUUAAAAUGUUUUGGAAUUGGGUGAAAUGUGUUGUACAUUUUCUGAUUUUCUUCUUUUUUUUUUGUUGUUGCGUGUGUUUGAAUUUUUGCACUUGAGUUGUCUUUAAAAAUUAGAUUUGCAAAAGUAAAAUUGACAAAUUGUUGAAAUUUUGUAGUAGAAAUUUUAGGUUUUAAGAGCCUUUUUGAAACAAUAGAAUGAAGAAACCUUUUCAAACAUUUGUGCUUCUGAACAUGAAUAUGAAACAAAAUAUUUAUUAAAGGUGGAAUUAACCGUAACUUUACCAAGAGCUUUACAAAUUAUAGAUUAAAAGGGAGAGAAGUGUCUUGCCUAAGGUUGUGAAACGUAUCAAAAAUCAGAUACGAAUCGAAUCUAAAACUAGAAUAGAAACUAGAUUCUCAUUGGAGCAGUUUAGAGAUCUUUUUCACAACGGUCAGAAGUGCCGCGUUUUAGGUUUGUGGAACUUCCGGUUGACGUUUUUCGGUGGCAAAAUGUGUGUGGAAAUGUCUCCAACAGCUUCAUAAAUCUGCUUCAUCACCAAAUCUUCAACCAACAAGAAACAUUUGAAAAAAUGAAUUUAUCUACAACUAUCAACGGAAGGAAGACGAAAACUUAAAGGCAAAAACUGAGCAAGACUAACGUUAUGAUCAUGGAAAUGCUGGAAAAGUCAUGGAAUUUUAGUAUCUACCGAACGCUGAAAGAUUGCGUGAAAGUUCUCAGGAGACUAUUCUGAUUAUUUCUCAACGUCUGCGCCUUUUGUUUAAAAGAGACGACAAUAAAUGCACUGACAGGAUUGUGAAUGUUAAAAAAAACUAUAAUCCCAAACCAUAAGGUGAGUGGAAAGAGUUAUACAUUUCAUAUUUAGACCUAAAAGUUUGAUCAGUUCUACACGUGUAAGUGCUGUAAGGUCAUGGAAAAUUCACUUUAGGUCAUGAAAAAGUCAAGUUUUGGAGUUUCGUCAGUGAAAAAGAGUGGGAACCCUGUAGAGAUUUCUCAACUUCGAACUGCACAACUCUAUUUUUCUAUGGUAAUAUCGAAAUCAUGAAAUCGAUUUUUAAUUUGAACGAGUUUGAACAAGUUGCUUCUGUUUUAUUCAUGACCAUAAUGUUAGUUUUGUUCAGUGUGUCACUAAUGCGUCGUCGUCGUUGUUUUCCUUUUAAGUUUUCGUCUUUCUUACCAAAUCAACUUAACGUUUAACAUAACAUAGAACAUUUAAAAAACGUUACAGCUGCACACAAACACAGGAUAGACCAGGACAAUCACAGUACAACUACUGAAAAACACAGAAAAUAAUAAGACACUCACCAACAACACAUGUACAUCUGAAAAAGAAAGAGAAAAAAGGUGCGUUUUUAGGUCCAGACUCCGCCUUGUUAGUCAGACUGGCCCCACCUCGUUCCUCCGCUCAAUUUCAUUUCUCUCCAGCGACUAGAUCAGGAAUCAGAAAACACUAGACGACUCGCAAAAACCCCCGAAGUGUGAGUUCGGGCACCGGCCGAUCAGCGAAGAGUCAGACAUUCUGUGUUGUCAACGAUUCCCAAGAUCGAGGAUUUAAAACAGGAACAAAGAGAAUGUUUGGUGAAUUUCAUCAAAGGGAAAGACGUUAUUGUUCUUCUUCCUACAGGAUUUUGUGCAUUUCAUACGUCACGACCAAACAGCAACGAUUGGUUAAAUAAAAAAAGUACCCGCCUACUGUCGAGCCAACGAAUCCUAAUGCUGGGAGGUCAGACGGUUUCUAUAAAGUGAAACCAGUUGAUGAAUCACUCUACCGUCUUGAUAGUUGAGGAUAAAUUCUUAAUGUUAGAAAGUUUAUCCUUUGUGGAGCUUGUUUUUUUGAAGAUUUGUUGAUGGGGCAGAUUUAUGAAGCCGCUGGAGAAAACGCGAAACAUUUACACACACAUUUUACCGUAGAAAAACAUUAAUCGGACGUUCCUCAAACCUCCAGCGCGACACUUCCCACCGUUUUGAAAAAUCUCUAUUCCUUUGUGUUGUGUUUGAAAUUUUAGUAUCGUGACAACACUAGUUUUGCCAAAGGACACAACAACAGUACCGCGGUGACGAGGUUUGAACUGGCGUCGCUGCGGUUGUCGGGUGAAAGCUCAACCCUCUGCUCCACACGUGAGUUUAAAUGUAGUUUUUUUAGUUUUGUUUUUUUAGUAUAUUUCUUGAGUAUUUUGCGGUGGACUUGUCCCGCGCUCGUCCGUCCUGUGUCUGAACUCUGCACUGCUGUUUUAUCCGGUGCCAAAACACGACCAGUAAAAACCAACUAUUUAUUUUCGUAACCAUGGAAACGUCUGUCGCUACGAAGAACCAAUAAAAACUGUAUUUACUCCAAAGAAA